AUGGUUUUAACGCUGAAAAGUCUGGAAUUUAUGAACGGAGUCGAGGCGUUUCGAAUCGAGGAAAACGAGGAGGAGGUUUCGGGUGGAAAAGUCACUGAAAAGGAGUCGGUUUCAGUGGAAACUGACGCUGGAAUGGCGUUGAUGUUAGAAUGGAAAAUGCGCCUAUCAGAAGACUCGGACAUGUGCACCACCUGCCAGUGCUCCGUGGAUUUCCAGGAUCGUUCAGCGAUUCUGGAGCACUAUCAAUCGCUAUUCCAUCGGACCAACAUACUGAGAAAGGCGAAAAAUUUGCCGAUUUUUGAGGAGGAAGAUUUUGAUGGAACGGAGAAAGAUGAUCAUGACCUCACCCAAUCAUCCCAAACCCUAUCGGCUACUGUAGAAUCAGACGACGAAGAAUUCGACGCGCUCCUCCUCCCCGCGAAUCGUGCAUUCUUCGUUCGCGACGACCACGUCUUCUCGAUUCCCCGGAAUAUUCUCCACGUGAAUGAGACGGACGUCACGAAUUCGACGUUCUUACGGCCGUUCAAUUGUACCAUCAUCCUAUGGAAUGGUGGACAUUUUGCGGCAGCGGUUUUUGAGAACGACCGAAUCGCGGCUCAAAAAUCGUUCCAUCGCUAUGUGGCACGUGCGAAACAAGGAGGCGUCCAAUCGCAACACGAUUCCGGUGGUAAAGGAGCGGCGAAGAGUGCGGGAGCACAGUUGAGAAGAUACAACGAGCAAAAAAUGAAGGAAGAAAUCCAGCAAAUGGUCCGUGAUUGGAGUCAACACCUUCAGAAGACCCCCCUGGUGUUCAUCCGAUGCGCCACCUAUCAUCGUAGUGUCUUCUUUGAAGCCAACGCUGAUCUGUAUCCACGUGACGCGCGAAUUCGAACGAUUCCAUUCGAAACGAAGCGACCGACGAAGGAUGAGGUCGAGAGACGUGGCGACGUCUCCAGGUGUGAAGAAUCCUGCCAUUCUGUAACUGGACGUUUUGGAACCGUUCUAAAACGUCCGGAAGUAAGACCCCACGGGACCAACUCGGAAUUCCGAUCGGAAAUGGAAGAAAUCCGUGAAAAACGAAAGGAAUUGGCGAGAAAAGUGGCUGGGAGGAAGCGAAAAGACGGUGGACUAUCGAUGAUUUGCGAAUGGAGUGAUCAUGAUGACGAGAACAAGGAUGAGCAAUCUGAAAAGAAGGCAAGGAAGACACAACAGAUUCGAGUGCGAGCGAUGAGAAAGGCAUCGGAAGACGUGGUGCAGCAGUCGAUUCAGUGGCCAGGGCUUGAUGAUGAGUGGAGGCAGAAGACCUACAACCUCAUCCGCCGUGACGACGCGACAUCCCUCCGUGAACACGUCGAAUCGCUGAAUGAAGACGUCAAAAACGAAGCGAUCGACUAUCUGAGAAACGCCAAAAUUCCACCGAAUCGCUCGCAUUUUUUGCAUGUCUCAGCGGCGAAUAGUGCCAAGAAUUGUCUGAAAUACCUCCUCGACGACGUCCAAUGCGAUUCUGGAGCCAAGGACGGCGCCGGCCUUCCACCGUACUCCUCCUCGGCCAACGCGGAGAUCAAAUCGAUUUUUGUCGAUUAUCGAUCGAAAAAUGACCCGUCUGGACCGAAUUGGGGAAGAACCCACAUUCCGGAGCCGAAGAAAAGAGUGGAAUUGACAGAAGAGCAAGAGAAGGAGAAGGCCGAGAAGCAGCGGGAAAAGAAACAGCGACAAAAGGCGCGAGAACGGACGAAGAAGGAGGAGCAGAAGGAGAUGGAGCUGGAAAAUGCGGAAUGUCAAAAGUACCGGGAGAUGUCGGAGAGAGAGCGGAGAGCACAGGCGGUGGAGAGACGGCUGGCUGGGCUACCGCCAAUUAUGAGGUGUCAUCAGUGUGGCCGACAACUUCCACCAACCCCGUUCCAAUACUCCCAUUUCAACUUCUGCACCACCGACUGUGUAGCCGGCCAUCGGAAGGCGAAUCCUUAA